AUGUCAGUUCAAAACAUUUCCAGACAAGCCAUCACUGAAUUUGUCUUUAGAGGAUUUGACUCAGUGCAAAGUCCACUGGUUGUUGGUGUUGUAUUAUUGAUAUUGUACAUUUUUGUUGUGAUUACUAACACUGCAAAUAUAUACUUCGUUGUUAUGGAUAAACAUUUGCACCAGCCAAUGUAUCUGUUUAUCUGUAAUUUAGCAAUUGUAGACAUAGUUUUCUGCACCAGUGCAUGUCCAACUAUGAUAGGUAUCCUUGUAGUUGGAUAUAAAUCCAUAUCUUAUGCACCCUGCAUUGUUCAAAUGUUCUUUUUCCAUGUAGGUACUGUCAUGGAAAUGUUUGCUAUUUCUGUCAUGGCAUUUGACCGCUUUAUUGCUAUAAGCAGUCCUCUGCGGUACAAUUCUAUUCUGACAAAUGUACGUUGUGUUCUGAUCUCUAUUGCACUUUGGUUGGCAGGUUCUGCAAUUAUGGCCAUGUUGCCUGCUACUGUUGUCCCUCUUCAGGUCUGUUACUCAACUGUGAAGUACAUGUUUUGUGACUAUGCAACUGUUACCAGGGCAACUUGUGUAGAUCCUGAACCAUAUUUUAACAAGGUGUCCAUUUUAACUACUGUUCUGUUUUUUGGAACGUUCAGUUUCAUCUGCUUGUCCUAUAUAAAGAUUGUUAUUGUUGUUGUGAGAAUGUCUUCACAGAGUGACAAGAAAAAAGCAUUUAAUACUUGCUUUAGUCAUUUGAUAGUCAUAACCUGCUACUAUGUACCCACAAUCAUACUAAUAGUGCUGACCAGGAUUGGUGUAGUUUUAACACUGGAGGAACGGAAUGGGCUGAUGGUUGGCUCAAUUCUGGGACCCUCUCUAAUAAAUCCUUUUAUAUAUUGUUUCAGGUCCAAGGAAAUCCGAAACAAAUUAUUUAACAUUCUUUCAAAAACUGAAUUAGCUAAAAAAUGA